AUGGCCACUAUUCCGGCCAACCUUUCGAUUUCGAUUCCUACUUUAACCGGAUCGGUGCUAUCUUGUGUUGCGAGCUUUUUUGCGCUGUGUCUUCAUGUUAUUGUUCCUCCGCCGCGACGACAUUUUCGCCAUGCGUUGAUUGUGAACCUCCUCAUUGCAGUGUCUGGUAUCCUCGCCAUUAAGGAUGGCUAUGCGGAUCCGAAGGCGUCCCCGAGCACUGGUUGCGUCGCCAAUGCUUGGGUUGGUCAAUUCUCGGUACAGGCGAUCGACUUUAACAUUCUCAUCAUCUCUGUUUCGGUACUGCUAGCGGUUCAGCGACAACAAAUUCUUGACGAUUCUUCGAGGCUGAUGACUGCGAUUGUCUGUCUCGUACCUUGGAUUCCCGGCACGAUCACCAGCUUCGUCGGACUCGGUCUCCAUGUCUAUGGCCCGGUGAGCGGUAACUGGUGCUGGAUCCAGACCCAACAUCUAGGUCUCCGCUACGCCCUGACUCACGGUUGGCGCAUCGCCAUCUUCCUUGCAACAGUGGCAAUCUACACUUACAUAUACAUCAAGCUCCGACGCCUCUUCAGUUUCGUCAAAUAUGGCCUCUCUUCCUCUACCACGAAAGGAUACACCACGAACGCGCAGUCGAGAAUCGAUCGAGAAAACGCCGAACAGUCGGAUACGCAACGGAUAUGGGUCACUACCACGGUAGAGGCUUCGUAUGAACUUGAAUUACAGCGCAUAUCGAAGGGAGACCAGAGCCAGAGCGAAGGAGAAGAAACAUCACCUGGUGGAAAGGUCCAGUGGUCAGCUUCUGCCAUGCCCGAACCUGAGCCACCUACAACUGAAGACCAUGGAACGAACAAUACGCAGAAUGUAUCGACUGGCAACGGUCCGAACCAUCGCGUACCUAAGUCUCCGAACCUGAGGAGAAUGCUUCUGUUGAACGGGUAUCCGAUUGCAUAUAUCAUUUUAUGGUUGCCGGGCAUGGCGAAUCGCUUGGCUGAGUCAGUUGGUACAUCACCAAAGUGGCUCACUGCUCUUCAAGCUUCGACGCAGUUCAUAGGGCUAGUGAAUGCUUUGACGUAUGGCUUGACGGAACAGAUGCAGCGUGCAGUCCGGAUGUGGAUGAAGAGGCGCAGUUUCAGAACUCUUGAUCCUUAG